AUGAAGAUUAUCUAUUAUGCCAGCUUAGAGAACUACCAUUCAAAACUUAGUAAAACCGAGAAGAAAUUCUUGAGGAAACAAACGAAAGCCAGACACACAUUGCUGAGACAUGAAGGCAUUGAGAGUGUGUCUCAUGCCACUGAGAGUCUGGUUGUUGCCAAUGGAGGUUUGGGUAAUGGUGUGAGUAGAACCCAGCUGCUUAACAUAUUUGAAAGAUGUGGAUCUGUAGAAGCUCUCUUAAUGCCACCUAACAAACCCUACUCCUUUGUAAGAUACAGGACCAAAGAGGAAUCUCAAAAAGCCUAUGUAACUCUCAAUGGAAAGGAAAUGGUAGACGACUUGGGACAAAAUAUCACUCUGUACUUAAACUUUGUGGAAAAAGUGCAUUGGGAAGAUCUAAGACCUUCAGUAUUACCUCCAGGCCUCAUGAUCAUGGAAGAAAUUGUGUCUCCAGAGGAUGAGAAAAUCUUAUUAGAAAGUAUUGAUUGGACUCACAAUUUAGCUGAUAAAAAUGCUCAGAAAUCUUUAAAACAUAGAAAAGUAAAGCAUUAUGGGUAUGAAUUUCGCUAUGAUAACAACAAUAUAGAUAAGGAUAAGCCAUUACCUGGAGGUCUUCCUGAUAUUUGUAACAGCAUUUUGGAGAAGUGGUUGACAGAAGGGCACAUUAAAUAUAUUCCUGACCAGCUGACAAUAAAUCAGUAUGAACCUGGGCAGGGAAUUCCUCCUCACAUUGACACACAUUCUGCUUUUGAGAAUGAGAUCAUCUCUCUCAGUUUGGGAGCAGAGAUUGUCAUGGAUUUUAAGCACCCAGAUGGCCACACAGUAUCAGUUAUGCUGCCUCAGCGGAGUUUGCUGGUGAUGACAGGAGAAUCUAGAUACCUUUGGACCCAUGGAAUCACACCCAGAAAAUUUGAUGUUAUUCAGGCAUCUGAGGGACAGAAAAGUGGAAUUAUCACUAAUGAUGUUGGAAACUUAACAUUAAAUAAAAGAGGAGUGCGGACCUCAUUUACAUUUAGAAAAGUGAGGAGAACACCUUGUGACUGCAGUUACCAUUUGGUCUGUGACAGUCAGAGAUGUCAUCAAAAUGAAACUUUACCCUCCUUCCCAGAGAAUGACAAAAAAGCCUCAGAACUGGAACGAGAGUAUGUUCAUAGAGUUUAUGAGGAGAUAGCUGAACACUUCAGCAGCACAAGGCAUACUCCAUGGCCCCAAAUUGUGGCAUUCUUGAAAGCUUUACCAAAGGGCUCAGUAGUGGCAGAUAUUGGUUGUGGAAAUGGAAAAUAUCUGGGCCUCUGCAAGGAGAUAUAUAUGGUUGGUUGUGAUCGCAGUCAAAACCUUGUUGAGAUAUGUGGGGAAAGGCAGUUUGAGGCUUUUGUCUGUGAUGCCCUAGCUGUCCCCAUUCGAAGUGAGACAUGUGAUGCCUGCAUUUCCAUUGCUGUUAUUCACCAUUUUGCAACAGCAGAACGAAGACUGGCAACCCUCCAAGAAUUAGCUCGACUCCUAAGGCCAGGAGGAAAGGCUCUCAUUUAUGUCUGGGCAAUGGAACAAGAAUACAAUAAGCAGAAGUCCAAGUACCUUAAGGGGAGCAGGGAUACUAAAGAAAAGAAAGAGCAUCUCAACAGUGGUGUGAUCCCUGGCAUCAGCAGUCACAAUUCUGUAUGUUCUACCCCAUCCAUUAAUGACUUGAAGGACAGAGAUUAUAAUACAAAUGGAGUAAGUAAUUCCAAGUUGCCAGUUCACACUAACAGGACCUCUUUCCAUUCUCAAGAUGUACUAGUCCCUUGGCACUUCAAAAAGGACCCUAGAAGAGACAAAGGGCCUGAGCCAUUGAAACCAGUACCUGAUCUGGUAGGACCACAUGAUCCAAGCCCUGUAUUUCACCGCUAUUACCACGUAUUCUGUGAAGGGGAACUGGAAGCAGCCUGUAGAAAGUUAAGUAACAUAAGCAUUGAGCAAAGCUAUUAUGAUCAGGGAAACUGGUGCGUGAUUUUCAGAAAACUCUGACUCUCCAAGCACUUCGUAUAAGCAAGAUUGAUCAUUUUUAAGAAUUAAUUGUCCAGUUCUUUAGCUAAAAAGAAAGCCCUCUGGGUAAAGAAAAACCACCAAACACACUUGGUAAAAUAUUGAAGAAGCAAAGAGAUGGAAGUUAAUCAGCAGACAUCCAGUCUGUAUAUAUACACUCUACUGUACCAUCUGGAUGACCUCAGACAAAGCAUUUAAUUUUUUUUUUUCCAUCUGUCAGGUGGAGACUAUACUAUAGUUCCUCUUCUCUACUUUUCUCAUAGGGACAUGGCUUUGUAAAAAUAAAUGAAUUAGUUUAUGUAAAUCUUUGAGAGCCUUGCAGUUUUUAUCAUAUGAAUUGAAGGUAUUUUUCCUUAAAGCAUUAAAGAAUGCCUUUAUUUUAAAAUUUUAAUUUCAAAUUCUUUGGAAUUUAUACAGAAAUCACA